AUGGAAGUGCCUUGCUACAUGCCCAAACUCCUGUUUGAGCUCAAUGAGCAGCGUAAGCGGGACUUCUUCUGUGACUGCAGCAUCCUCGUCGAAGGCCGUGUCUUCAAGGCCCAUCGUAAUGUCUUGUUUGCUGGGAGCGGCUAUUUCCGGGCUCUUCUUGUUCACUAUCUGCAGGAUAGUGGACAGCGCUACAGCACAGCAUCGUUGGACAUUGUGACAGCCGAUGCCUUCUCGAUUAUCCUGGACUUCCUUUACUCUGGCCGCUUGGCCCUGAACAGAAGCAAUGUCAUUGAGGUGAUGUCAGCAGGCAGCUACCUGCAGAUGACUGAUCUGGUAAACUUCUGUAAGGGAUACAUCCGCUCAUCUUUGGAAAUAUGCAACAAAGACAAGGAGAGGAACACAGAGAAGGAGAACCAGGCACAGGAUGGAGCUAUGGGUCCUGCAGACAGCGGCACUCCGGCUGCAACAAUCUCCAGUGGCACAGGGGCUGCGGAGCCUCAUUCGCAAGCUGCAGAGGCAGACAGAGGGUCGGGUUUAGGCCCGGAGUCUGUUACCUCGGCUAGAACCCCCUUGUCCAUACCUGUCACCACAACUCCAGGCACCGGCAGGGACAUGGAAAACGACUACCAUUCCAGGGGGGAAUUUGCAACUGGUAAUGAAGGACAAAAGGGACACAUGGAUCAGACUAACCUCUCAUCCUCUUCAUCAUCUGCUUUGACCCCUGAGUUAGUGAACCCCAAGAUAGAGUACGACCCAGAUGAGGAGCUCAUGGAAUCCCCUGACACCAAAGACCUAGCCUCAUUUCCUGGGCCAUCUCUCCAUAACCCUCAUCAUAGCAGACUACUUCCUCCCUCUCCCUCCAAUGAGCGCUCUCCCUUGGGAUACAGCCCAUCCUUUAAUGCAAGGCACCUGAUGGAGAUGCUGGCCAGAGGUGAAGGCCCCAGUCCUCUGGGGGAAAGAGUGGGGCAGCGCUUUAACCAAGGACUAGGUAGCAGCACGGGAGGAGGCCGAAUGGAUGAAGGAUUAGGGUUUGUGGGAUCAUCUAUCAUGGAGAUCCAGUCUGACUGGCUCGGAGAAGACACAGGUGAUGGUUUGGUAGUGCCAGUGAAACUCCACAAGUGCCCGUUCUGCCCGUACACUGCCAAGCAGAAGGGAAUCAUGAAGAGACACAUCCGCUGCCAUACAGGAGAGAGGCCGUUCCCCUGUCCUAUGUGCGGCAAGAGGUUCACAAGACAGGAGCACCUUCGCAGUCAUGCCCUCAGUGUCCAUAGGCAUUACUGGCCAGUGUCAUGUAAGAGCUGCAGGCGAACCUUCACUGGAUCCAGCGUUUCGCCAGGACUCAGACGCUUCGGCAUCUGUGACAGCUGCAACUGCGUGACCACCACCCAUGACGACUCCGCCUCCGUUCACCCCGCCAGCCAACCAGAGCCCAUGGAGCGUGCAGACGGGGCCACAGAUUGGUCCAGUUUUAUGGACGAUGUUGAUGAAGUGGAAGUCGGCAGAGUUGAGGACUUGGUAGAGAAACAGAUGCUUGAAAGGCAGCUGGCUGUCUGCACUGAUGUAGGUCACACGCUGUGAAUCUGUGGCCCGCUGCACUUAGAGAAGAAGACCAUUCCUUAAACUGUUAAACUAGUGUUAAGUUAACUGUGGCCAUACUGUUAGUGAUGUUAAAUUAUUACUGUAAGAUGGCCUUAUUUAUUGACUUGUUUGUAACCACAACAUGUGCCCUUUUAACUGUUGAAGAUAUUGUCCUCCAGUGAUUUGCCUGGCAGCAAAUACUCAGUGUUUUAUCUCUUUAUUUGUAAUCAUAAAUGUGGUUUUUAAUAUUUCUUUCUUUCUUUGUGCAGUUGCUAAAUUCCACGUGUCUCUGUAUGUGCUGCACAAAAAGAGAACGUGGCUUUCAAGCUUACAUAAGAUAGAAAAAAGCUUGUUUUAUUUAAUAAGAUGGCAGUUUGAGGAUAAAGGAAGUUUUGCGAUCAUACCGGAGCCAUUGUAGGUAUUGUUACAAUAAAUGUAUUGUGUAAUUGUGCACAUAUUUCCUUUGAUCACACUUUAUGCAUUAAUGUGCUUUUCUACGUGUAGAUACUUUCUUAGCUUGUGAUAUUUGUACAUUUCCCUGCUGCUUGUCAUGGAUUCACAUCAACCUGCAGUAUUGAUACAGAAAAUGCCGUUUGGCGCCCUCUAGUGGUUUAAACCCAGAAAAUCUGUGAGAGUUGUCACUAAAAUCAGACUUUUUGCAUUGAGGAAGCAACUGACUUCAUUACAAUGUAUAAAGACAUAAUUUAAAAUGAUUUUACUCUGUUUAUUGGAAUAGAGGAGAGGGGACAGUUGGGACGGUGCCUUUUUAGGAAGUUAGAAAGCAGCUUUGCCUGUGCCACUCAUUCUCACCACACACAGCCACACUUUUCACUUUGAACGUAAAAGUGGAGACCUGAUUAAUCCUCACAUUUUAUUUACAGUUUUAAAAAUUACACUGUGUACGUCUUCUACCAUACUGUUUUUAGCUAUGCCACAUACAAAAAAAACACAUCAUUGGAAAGCUGAUUUUCUGGCCUAUCAGUUGAUGCUACUGUUAACUGUCUGAAAUGUUGUUGGUAGCAGGUACAGCAGUCUGAAGUGUGUCUGCUCUCACUGGGACAGCUGAGACAAUACUGUUACCCAGAGGCGGCUGGGACAGUUUUGUUCACAGUACCUUGUUACAGAUUAACAAAAAGUAGACCAAAAAUAAAACAAAGGCUUUUUCUAAUUAAACAGAAAAAGUAGUCAUUUGUUUGUGAUCCCUCAAUAAAACAAAGGCUUCUUCUAAUUGAACAGAACCCACUGCAAAGUCCAAGAGUGAAUGUUUACUGCAUGAACUUCAUACAGGUCUACAUCUCAACCCCUGAGCAUAGUGUGUGUCGAGUUCAACUACUGUAAAACUUUAAUUAAAAGCCUAGUCCCAAUUAAACGCCCAGUCCCCUUACAAGCCCAAUGUGGCUACACAUUUUGAAAAAUAAAUGCCUGUCUGACUUAGAGGCCUGAUCUGGUUGUUAAGCAGUUCUUUUUUUUUUUAGUAGAAAGAUGUAUAAAACCAGAUUGUUGGCUUCCACAAAUUAUGUGUGCGUUCCACAAUUACCUCGUAAGUUAUUCAUAUUCCUUUAGUCUGUAUGGGUCCUCAGAUCAAAAGAAUCAAACGGGUAUUUCGUGAAAAUUAAUCCAAGUUGUGAGGAUUGUUUUAGUGGGAUAAAGUGGGGUUGUGUCUAUGCCGGAUGCUGUAAUCCUUGAGAAGCGUUACUCUCUUUUACUGUGAUACAUUGUCUGUCAGAGCUAGAUCAAAUUAAUGAUUCAUACUUGAUAUAUUAUCUGAAGCCUAAUUUUGAAACAACUAGUUUUCAAUACUGGAUUAAAUAAACAAUUUGAUCGUGUUCCCAUCUUUGCUGAGCACCAGUUUGUGUGAAAGAAAUUAAAAGCUGUCCCAAAUAGA